AUGAGUGCCAACGAGAAGUUUGAAAAGAUCCAAGAACGGCUUUCCAAGUUACAGCCCCCUGUGUUGCGCACAGCGUCACAGAUUGAAGACAAGUGGGAUAGGCUCGCUGGAGAUUUCAGGAAGGUGUUUGACUGGGAUAAGAACACCCCAAGUGGAAAGCCGUCGUAUUGGGACAUGCCGCCAGACAUGAAGAAGGACAACAGGAUGCCUCCGUCAUUUUCCAAGCCACUGUAUUUGAGCAUGUUGUGGUUGAAGGACCGGGCCAGCGUACAACCGCCGCGGGUUUUUGACAGCGCCAGGCCUUUCAAGACUGUCUCCUCAGAUGGCGGUUCUGGGAACACCGUGACUGGCGAGGAAUCCUGCCCUUUCACAGAGGCGGAGAUGGACGGCAGGCCCGUGGAGAAGCCCCACGACAGCUCCGGGAUCGAACGCAGGGGGAAUGGCCAAGCAAACAAGCGCAACCGGUCUGCCGCAGGGUUGGGUGAUACUUUGCGUGCCAACAACGAGGCAACGAACAAGACUCUGCGGGAGAGUGAGGAACACAAGAACGCGCGUCAUCAAGAGACGACAGCCUUGAAAAAGCAAGAAUUAGAGUUGGAAACCAGAAAAGUGGCCUUGGCCGAAAAGAAUGCAGAGCAAGCCAAAGAAACGGGUGCAGGACUGAUUGGCGCAUUGGGCUCGCUUGCCGAAGCUGUUUUGAAGCUAGCUAAUAAGUAA